AUGCCUCCCAAUCCCAUCGAUCAGGUACUCGCAGACGCAUUGAAAGCAGAAAUUCAUGCACGAAUCGUCGAGGCAGCUAAUGAUGAGGCAGUGUUCCGCAAGCAACGUCUCGAACUAGCCCAGCUUGCUCACGAGGAAGAGGAAGAGAGAAAAAAUGAAGCUUAUGAGGCAGAGCAAAAGAGAAAAGAUGAAGAGAGCGAGGCAAGAAAACGACAUUGA